AGGCCAGGGUUGCCGGGCGGACCGCGGGAACGCGCUCCGGGGGGUGGGGACGCGAGCUCACGACUGCUCAAUGACAAAUCGAGUCGGAACAGCUGGGGUCCGGCCCCAGGACGGGGCGGGGCGCGCGUGAGAGCGGCGAGUCUGUGUGUGCGCACGGCCAGAGCCGCGGUGGGACGGGUCCCCCAGCUCUGCAUCCGGGCCGCCUGUCCGUGUGUCAUCGCCUCAGACCCGCAGGAUGGCCGCCAACAAGGGCAAGAGCCAGGGCUCCCUGGCACUUCACAAGGUCAUCAUGGUUGGCAGUGGAGGGGUCGGCAAGUCGGCGCUGACGCUUCAGUUCAUGUAUGACGAGUUUGUAGAAGACUAUGAGCCCACCAAAGCCGACAGUUACAGAAAGAAGGUGGUCCUCGACGGAGAAGAGGUCCAGAUAGACAUUCUGGACACAGCCGGCCAGGAGGACUAUGCGGCCAUCCGAGACAAUUACUUCCGCAGCGGGGAGGGCUUCCUGCUUGUGUUCUCCAUCACAGAGCACGAGUCCUUCACUGCCACAGCCGAGUUCAGGGAGCAGAUCCUCCGAGUUAAGGCCGAGGAAGAUAAAAUCCCACUGUUGGUCGUGGGCAACAAGUCUGACCUGGAGGAGCGGAGGCAGGUGCCGGUGGAUGAGGCCCGGGGCAAAGCGGAAGAGUGGGGUGUGCAGUACGUGGAGACCUCAGCGAAGACCCGUGCCAAUGUGGAUAAGGUCUUCUUUGAUCUGAUGAGAGAAAUCCGAGCAAAGAAGAUGUCGGAAAACAAGGACAAGAACGGCAGGAAGAGCAGCAAGAGCAAGAAGAGUUUCCGAGAGCGGUGCUGCUUGCUGUGAGCCCGACGAGCGGCGCAGAGCCGCCGCUGCGGAGCGUGGGGCCAGGGGUGGCUCCAGCCUGGCUCGCUCUCCACAGCUGCGUUCACCGUCACUUCUUCACGUGGGACAGAUGUCUGUGUGUCAGCGGCUGGUGGAGGAGUCACCUUUGUGUGGUAGAUCUGCUAACUUCGGCAGGAGCUUUGAGAAUCCCCCCCCCCCCCAACCAUGACAGCCACCCGCUCUGGGACCUGGAGAUCCCAGACAGCUGAGUUGGGGUGCCAAAAGUAUCGUCACAGUAUCGCAUUCUCCCUAGUGUUAGGACGCGGCCAUCUUUUGUUUGAAAAUGAAAACGCCUCAUGUUAGCUGGGCGUGGUGGUGCAGUGAGGCAGGGUAAGGCAGGGAGGGUAGCCUGAGUUCAAGGCCAGCCUGGGCUACUUAGCAAGAGCCUGUCUCUAAAA